GAGGGGACGGCACGCACAGUUACAUGUACCCUACAGGUUUGAGGUACCUACGUAUGUAUGUAUACACAGUAGGCGUGCACGUAUGCAUGUACACACAUUUUCACAUUCAUAUAUAGGUACCUACAUGCAUACAUACAUACAUACAUACAUACAUACAUACAUACAUACAUACAUACAUACAUACAUCCGUGUUAGCUACCUCUUUCUGAGUAGGCAUGUACAUACUUACGGGGCCAGCGAACCAGCGAGACGACAAUGUGACUUGUCAUUUACUUGGCAGCUCGCUGGCGGCUCGGUGGUGCAAUCUACGCCGUCCCUCUGAGGCGGGCUUGCGGACGGAGAUAAGUUCCUUUCGAAUCAGAUGGCGACAGGGGGGUUGGGGGGAGGGGGGGGCCCCUACGUAUAUACGCAUGUAUGUAUAAUAGUAUCAUCCUGUGGC